AUGGCGUCUACUGUUGUGCAAACUGUCAGCGCCCACGCAACACUCUCACAAGAAAUGAACCUUUCUCUUUUCCCCGAUGGCCUGAAGACAUCUGGACAGCACCCGCCGUUAUACUCAAAAGUCCGCCCAUAUAGUGAUUUUCCCAAAGUCCAUGGUGGGCCAACAGUAUGGAAGGCUGAGGAGUAUCGCGACAACGCUGAGCUCUGGACACACCGGUUUAACAAUGAGGAGAUCGAAGAGAUUAGUGCCGCUGCCGAUGGUUUCAUCCAAAAGGAUAUACCCCUUACCGGCAUUUCGAAGACGAACUUCUCUCUCCCAAAGCUUUCCACCAGACUUGAAGCACUGCGGAAAGAAUUAAUCGAUGGUAAAGGAUUUUUCUUGUUCAAAGGAAUUCCUGUCCGGGAGUGGGAUCUUCGAAAGUGUGCCACAGCUUAUAUGGGACUUGGAACUUACCUCGGCUAUUUUGUGAGCCAGAAUGGUCGUGGCCAUGUUCUGGGUCAUGUCAAGGAUCUUGGAGAAGAUCCGACGAAAACUGACCGGGUCCGGAUCUACCGCACAAACGCACGCCAGUACUUUCAUACUGAUGGGGCGGAUAUAGUCGGUCUCUUGUGCAUCGCCAAAUCUCUUUCAGGCGGAGAGUCGGAUAUUGCUUCAACACAUCAUGUAUUCAAUGUUCUCCAGGAAAGACACCCUGACGUUGUUCAGACCCUGGCUGAACCGGAAUGGUACUUUGAUCGCAAGGGUGAGGUGUCUGAAGGUGAAGAACCAUGGAUCCGUGGGAGCAUUCUUUAUUUGGAGAAUGAACGCAGCGGCGAGAACCCUCGCGUAUAUGCGAAAUUCGAUCCUAUGAACGUCACAUCUUUGUCCCGAUUCAAUUCUGGUCCAAACGCUAGGAUUCCCCCAUUGUCUGAAAAACAAAAGUACGCCAUGGAAGUUUUUGAGAAAACAUGUGCGGAGCUUUCUCUUCAUAUGAUCCUCGCCCCAGGAGAUAUCCAAUUCGUGAGCAACUCUCAUGUUUUUCAUGCCCGAACUGCUUACACUGAUCACCCUCCGGGUGCUGUCGAUGAGGACGGCCUGCCAGCCCGGCGACGGCACCUAAUGCGGCUUUGGCUUGCAGCCCCUGAAUCCGAAGGUGGAUGGAAACUUCCGUACCAUGAUACUCUUGAGAAGAAGCGGGGUGGUAUUCAAGUUAACGACCAGCCUCCCAUCUGUCCACUGGAUGCAGAGUGA